AUGUUGGUUCGGAGGUAUGAAGGGGCUGCGGACACUGCCAACAAUUUGUGGACUGGACUCAGCGGCGUCUUCCAGGAAGACUCGGUCAGCGAUGCGCAGCCCCGCGGCCAUCGACCGCUGGUGACAGCCUUGGCGAUAAGGCCCGGAGCCUCCGUGGAUGCGGCGCUACAGAUGGGGGUGUCCCUGUGGCCCACUGCCAUUGGGCGGGAGAGCCAGGAACCCAGCUGCAUUCCAUCGGUGGCUGGAGCUGACCCUGAUGUGACGGCUCGGCUGGCGAAGAGUCUCCUUGGCCAUCCUGGAAGGAAAGCGCGGUUUUUGCAAGGGCCAUUGCAGGACUUGAAUGACCUGAUCAGAGAACUCCGAAUGGCGCUGUUUCCGCCGGGCAGAGCCAAGGGCAAAGCUGGAAAGACCAACCUUCAUCGGCCAAAGGAUGCUACCUUGAGAGCCUGUCUCCUUCUGAAUGGCGUAGCCUUCUUGGAGAACGGCUCAGCAGUUUGGCCUGUGCUGGUGUGUCCCUGCAAGUGUCGCGCUUCGCCCGGAGUCGCCCAGGCGCCGAAACCAUUUUCGAAUCUGUGUUUGCGGUGCGGUGGCCUGACUCUGCCAGGGGCGGGACAAGAGGCGGCAGGCGGGGAACAACACAUCUGUUGUUCCAAAAGCUGCGCCACUUGCAGCCAGACCAUUGAGGAUGGCGACCUGGUUUGCCAGGUAUGUGGUCAGGGCCAGCAUUUGGCAGCUGGCACUGCCUGUAGUGGAGUGCCAGCUGGGCGGGGCCCCAUGUCCUUCAAAAGGGGCCCUCCAUCUCCGUGGCUGUGCCCCAGCUGCUAUGCUGACUUCGCAACCGCAUGGUGGUCACAAAGACUGUCACAACCAGAUUUUCCGCGUCCGGCCGCAUCAAGCAUCCAGGCAGUCCUCAGGAGGAUGCCAUGCAGUGCUGCUCAAGUGAAGCUGCCGCGUUCCACGUUCUGGGCGCUUUGCAAUGGCGUUUGCGCUGCUGGCAGCCCCCCGCAGUGGUUGUCCAAGCAGGUUUGGAGGCAGCUGUGCCGUUUCGUCAAGGUGAUCAGUGAUUUAUCCGGCAGACUUCAUGAGCUGCGCUUGCCUGAACUUGUCUCACGAGUCUUUCGAGUACUACCCUGGAGUCGGAGAUACAGAGCUGGUUAUCAGGCCGCUCCCGGCUUGCCCGGCUUGGCUGAAGCUUUGCGAGCAGAAGCGGAGUAUCAUCUUCAAACGCGGAAGGGCAACGACAGCGCCGCUGCAGAGCUGCUCAAUUUCCUGGAACGUCUGGACUUGGAGGGUGCUGGGCCUUUCUCUGCCACCGCUGUGGGCAGUGGCACGGCUGAGGCCGGCCGGGGCCGGGACGCGGUGACCAUUGCCACGGCCCAUGCUUCCAAAGGACGGCAAUGGCAACACGUCCUGGUCACCCGCUUCAAUGAUGGCCUUGGCUUUCCCUUUCAAGGAAAAUGGGGCUGCAGCGAAGAUCAACUACAGGAGGAACAAAGACUCGCAUAUGUCGCUACCUCCCGAGCCUGCGAAACAUUGACCCUGUCCUAUGUUCUGCAGGGGCCGGACCUGCAGCCUGCCAUGCACUCGCGGUUUCUUCCGCGGAGCAGCAAUCUUUUCAGGAUGGUAGCAGUUGAAGAUGUUAGUCAUGAGGAUUUACAAAAUCUCGCUGGACAAGUCUUUGAAGGUGGAACCAGGAGCUCUGAGAGAUGGCAAAAGUUCUUGGCCAACCCGAGAAAACCAGGCUCUGCCAUCGCAGCCAAACGUCGCUUUCAGAGCUUGGCUCUCAGCGGCAGUUGCAGGGUGAUGACAUGGGGUAACCCUGUGGGAAAUUUCCUGGUAGCCACUGCUCCGGGGGAGGCAAGAUCCAACGCAACGGGGCGAAGCGUCGUCGAACAAACGUUCACCAUGGAUUGCAAUGCUUCGGACGCCUCGGUUGCGGAUUGGUUAGAAGAACGCUUCAGGGAUGAGCUCAAGUUGGUCGAGGGCCGGCAGCAGGCUCUUCUGACCGAACUUCGACUCCAUUUGCGCCAAGUGCAACCUGCGGUGCACGCGGUGCGCGUGAUACCCCCUGAGCUCAGCGGAAGGCCUUCCCCAUCUUUGGAUGUGAAGACAGGACGAAGUGUUUUGAGACCACCUGAGGCUGUGAAGUCGGAGAGUGAGCAGGGCGAUCCAGGAUCGGUCAGUCGCAAUGCCAGUACCCUGGAAUCACAGACCAGCAGGGACAGCAAGGAUCCACAGUUCGAUCGUGUGGAUGCAUCCUCCACAUCCCUUGGCCUGCAGCCCAUUUCAAUUUCCAAAACAAAGGCAGAUGAUCUGCAGGUCUCGGAAUCUGACUCUGAAGACUAUGAGAAAAGCGAGCAUGAAGCCAACAUGUCGUCGGUUGUCCUGAAGCACGUCUCAAAGAAUGCGCAUGCCCCAAUGAGCCGCAAACCUUCGAGUUUGAAGGAAUCCUUGGCAAGGUCGCAGUCGUCGAAUAAAGUGCAACGGCACCUUCCAAGAUGGCAUCCAUCUCGAGUUGUGCGAUCUUCCAUUUUCGAGGUGUUCUUUUCCCUUCUGAUCUUGCUGCAAGCACUAUGUUUGGCGAUCGAGACUCAAUACAGUGGCCUUGACUGGGGGAAUAAGCUGGAAUACAAUGGCUACGAUGCCCCCGCUGAACAUGUCUGGCCUAGUGUGCCAACCUUCUUAUUGACCACCGAAAUGCUCUUUGGAUCUCUUUUCACCAUUGAGUGCAUGGUCAAAUUUUGCGCAUUUCGCGGGGAGUUCUUCUGCCGGUUGUGGAACUGGUUCGAUCUUUUGCUAGUUUUCCUCACUUUGCAUCAGCACCUUUUCGCUUUUUAUUUUUUAAAUAGGGAACACAUGAGCCAUGCGCAACAGAUAUGUGUUGCAGGUUUUGUUGUGGAUUUUCGACACGGUUUUGGCGAUCGUCCCAGUAGAAUGACCACAGCCCUUAAGGAUAGUGUAAAUGCACUGUUUUGGGUUGCGAUGAUCAUGCUGGUGGUGGAGAUGAUGUUUGCGCUUCUUCUGAAUCAAGUCCUUGUCGCGCUGGUUUUCGGAGCAGGGCAUGAAUAUUCUGAUGCGGAUCAGACUCUUCUCUUCGAAUAUUUUGGCACCUUCCUCCGUGCGAUGCUAACCAUGUUCCAGCUGACCCUUGGGACGUGGGUUCCAGUCGCGCGCAUUUUGCAGGAGACUGUCUCGCCCUACUUCAAUAUCUUUACAAUUUUGCACAAAGUCAUUAUUGGCUUUGCAUGCAUCGGAGUCAUCAAUGGAGUUUUUAUGCAGGAAACCUUGAAGGUGGCACAGAAUGAUGACAUCAUCAUGAUGAGAGAGGUGGCGCACAAGGAACGAACUCACGCACGGAAGAUGAAAGCCUUCUUCCGUUAUGCUGACCAUUCCAAAGACCAUGUCAUUACCCGGGAAGAAUGGGAGCGAGUAGUGAGCGGCCAUCAUGCACAGCAUUGGUUCUCAGCGCAGGGCUUAAAGGUCAAGAAUGCGGAAGCUGUGUUUCGACUCCUCGACGAAGAUCGGAGCAAUGGGAUCAGUAUGGAUGAACUCAUUGCAGGCGUAGCCGCGCUGCAGGGCCCUGCCAAAAGUUUGGACUUGGCAGUUUUGACCGAGAACCAUGGGCGGCUGCAUGGAGUUAUGGCGUCCGUGAUGAAGCGCUUGGAUGGCAUCGAGAGGUCCUUGGCACCUGUGAGGUCCCGGUCUCCCAGCAAAGAACGGCAGGAACGGCGCGGGCCCAUUCAGUCUGAAGAAGCAGAUUCCUGGGCACUUUAG